CACACAGAGAGACAGAGACACGCACAUACACAGUGAUCUUCCAUGGACGAUCCCGCGGCACCACUGUCGAACAACCAACCAGCUCCGAGAACCCCAUCUUUGUCUUCGUCGCAGCUCAAUCCGCCUCCGGCUGUGCCGCGCACCCCUCAGGCUCUGCAAUCCCUAGCGCCAUCUCGGCACAUCGACCGAAUGAUCAACUCCAACCACCACCAAUCUCCGUCGAGGACCAUCUACUCCGACAGGUUCAUCCCCAGCAGAUCCGGCUCCAACUUCGCCCUCUUCGACAUCUCGAAUACUCCGGCCGAGGGCCGCGAUGACUCCUCUAGCGCCUACGCCACGCUCUUACGCGCCGCCCUCUUCGGCCCCGACGCCGCCGGUGUCGUCCCUCCGGCGACGCCAGAGAAGCGGAACUUGAUUCAGAUGAACCCGCCCAGCCCCAACAUCUUCAGGUUCAAGACCGAGACUCGCCGGUCCAUGCACUCGCUCUCGCCGUUUGGGUUCGAUGAUGUGGUCACUGGGGUUCACCAUAGCCCGGUCAAGGCUCCUAGGAAGGUUCCCAGGUCGCCUUAUAAGGUUUUGGAUGCACCUGCUUUGCAAGACGACUUUUAUUUGAAUCUUGUGGAUUGGUCUUCGCAUAAUGUGCUGGCUGUUGGGUUGGGCAAUUGUGUUUAUUUGUGGAAUGCUUGUAGUAGUAAGGUAACUAAGUUAUGCGACUUGGGGAUUGAUGACAGUGUCUGUUCCGUAGGCUGGGCUCAGCGUGGGACUCAUCUUGCUGUUGGAACUAGCAAUGGGAAAGUCCAAAUUUGGGAUGCAUCUCGUUGUAGGAGGAUAAGAACUAUGGAGGGCCAUCGGCUGCGCAUUGGAGCCUUAGCCUGGAGUUCGUCUAUGUUGUCCUCUGGUAGCCGGGACAAGAGUAUUCUUCAACGUGAUAUUCGUGCUCAAGAAGAUUUUGUUAGCAAACUUUCCGGACACAAGUCAGAGGUUUGUGGACUGAAGUGGUCUUACGAUAACCGUGAGUUGGCAUCAGGCGGGAAUGAUAAUAGGCUUUUUGUUUGGAAUCAACAUUCAACUCAACCGGUGCUGAAAUACUGUGAGCAUACUGCAGCUGUGAAAGCUAUUGCAUGGUCUCCCCAUCUUCAUGGACUUCUUGCAUCUGGGGGAGGAACUGCAGACCGGUGUAUUCGUUUCUGGAAUACAACCACUAACUCACACUUGAGCUGCAUGGACACUGGAAGUCAGGUAUGCAAUCUUGUGUGGUCUAAAAAUGUCAAUGAACUCGUCAGCACCCACGGGUACUCCCAAAAUCAGAUAAUAGUUUGGAGAUAUCCCACCAUGUCCAAGCUGGCAACUCUUACCGGCCAUACAUACAGAGUUCUUUAUCUUGCUAUCUCGCCCGAUGGACAGACGAUUGUCACUGGAGCAGGAGAUGAAACACUUAGAUUUUGGAAUGUAUUUCCUUCCCCUAAAUCCCAGAACACAGAAGGUGAAAUUGGAGCAUCAUCACUUGGACGAACUGUGAUCCGGUGACCUCCUGCAGGACUUCGAUACCAACUUAGCAACCUUCGCAAUUGCUCGUAUUGGCCAAGGAAUGGGAAUCGAAUGAGGAUGAUAUGUCAUUUCUUUUUGACAUGAUAAAAGAGCUGAUCGGAUGGUAAACUUAAAUCAACCCACAAAAAACCAGAGAUUUUACUGGGACCCCAAAGGCUAAGACGAUAGUUGAAGCGAUGAUUGGUUUAAUCUUUUUCAACUGUUUAUUUAUUCUCUUUUUCCCACUUGAGUAGCCUAAAUAUGUAUAGAUCGAGAGGGGGGUUGUUAUCAAUUAUUUUCACCUUCUCGGUGCUCCCUUGUAUAUUUAAAGAGAGAAUACUGAAAGAUAAGUUGGUCAUUGUGAUGUAGUAUCUUCACAUUCUUUGUAAAUGGAUCACAAUUAUUUCACAUUUUUUGCUCCAAAACUAUAGAAGUUGGCGACGUCAAGGAAAAUGUUUAAGCUCAAA